CCUGCCGAGCUUUAACGGGACUUUGAUCUUCUCGGAGUGAGUUAAAAGCUUCAGACGGCCGUUUUUAUUAAAUCAGGAAAGCGCGAAGGAGUCGAAGUCCUGCAGAGUUUGUAGGUAAGAGUUCAACAGCAGCGCUGCAGGAGGCAGAGCCUCAACGCCCCCGUAAACACACUGAAAAACCAGCAGAGGGCGCAGCUAGUCCACACUUUACGAAGGGAAGAAAGAAAGGCCGGAACGAAGACAUUGGGACGCGGCCGCCCCUGCGGCGUACUGAGCUCUGAUUGGCUCCUGCUAACCGCGUGAUCGCCGGUCGUGUUCCCUGCUGUUCGCGCCCCCGUGCUGCCGCUGCUGCUCCGGGCUGCGUGGUUCCGCCAUGCGGUCGGUGCUCGGUCUGGUUCUGGUUCUGCUGCUCGCCUCUCUUUACCUUUACCUGCUCUCAGCCCACCUGCCCCCCGUGCGCCCGCCCCCCAGCGCGCGGGGAGAUGGAGGACCGGGAGAGGGAGACUCGCUCAGCGGAGCUGCAGCUGACAGGCUGAAGUUCCCCUCUGAUCUGGAGGAGCUGCGCGAGCUGGCGGCUCUGCUGAGGCUCUAUCAGGCCGAGCACAGCGGAUACGUUCUGCUGCUGUUCUGCAGCGCUUACAUCUACAAGCAGGCCUUCGCCAUCCCGGGGUCAUCUCUGCUGAACAUCCUGGCGGGGGCGCUGUUUGGACCCUGGCUGGGUCUGCUGCUGGCCUGUGUUCUGACCACUGUAGGGGCCACCCUCUGCUUCCUGCUCUCGCAGGCCUUCGGAAAACAGCACAUCGUCCGGCUUUUCCCCGACAAGGUCGCCCUGCUGCAGAGGAAAGUGGAGGAGAACCGCAGCAGUCUGUUCUUCUUCCUGCUCUUUCUCAGGUUCUUCCCCAUGAGCCCAAACUGGUUCCUCAACAUGAGCUCCCCCAUCGUCAACAUCCCCAUCACUCUGUUCUUCCUCUCCGUCUUCAUCGGUUUGAUGCCGUAUAAUUUCGUGUGUGUUCAGACGGGCUCCGUGCUCUCUGACCUGUCCUCUCUGGAUGACCUGUUCUCCUGGAGCGUCCUGCUGAAGCUCCUGCUGGCCGCCGUCGCAGCCCUGCUGCCCGCCGCCGUAAUCCGCCGUUACAGCCACGCCCACCUGCAGCUGGACGGCCUGCAGCCCAACGGCCUCCAGCAGCGCAAAGACCAGUGACGCAGCAUCCAGCUCUGAGGGGCUUUUAAAGCGACAGUUCAGUUAAAUUUACCGUACCCAACACAGACGUGUUUGAUGUCUGACGUUUGCUUCUUUAGCCUGGUGCUAACUGCACGCCUAAAUCAUCACAUGCUCACCUCAAACCACAUUCCUGACGCAGACAUCAUCCGGGCUUCGUGACCGGUACCACUGUUUAUUAUCUGUGACACAUUCAAAUACCAGUAUCAUCAAUCAGCAACUGGACACACUUAAAGAUGGUUCUUUAGUAAAGAACAUGGUUCUAUAUAGCAUCAAAGUGACUUAUUCUAUUGUUACAAGCUUAACAAUAGCUGCCCCAUUUAAGUGCUAUAUAGCACCAUUUUGAAAAAGGUUCUUUAUAGAACCAUACACAACACGUUCUCCAUCAAUCCGAAUGACCAUUUCAUGACACAGAGAACUGUUUAAUCAUGCCAAGGGUUCUUCGAGUGUUCAUGGUUCUAUAUAGAACCAUUUUCUUGACUUAAGAACCCUUGAUGAAACAUCCGUUUUAAAAGUGUAGAUCAUAGCUCUCAGAAAAUUAAAUUAUUUGAAUUAUUAAACAAUUAAUUAAUAUUAAAUGAGUUCAGAAUGAGAAAGCUGUAGAACAUUAAGAAUGAAAAUCUAACGAAAUUAAUAUCCAGAAUUCAUCUUAUUUUAAAUAUGAAGAUUAAAUCUUGUGGCAGAUCAUUUGACAAAAAAUAAACGUAAGUAAAUAAUUGCAGUAAAUUAUUUAUUUUAUGCAUUUUUCUUCACAGAAAUCUUGGAAUAUUGAAUAAAACCUAAAAAAUACCUUUUGCUAAAGUGUAUAAUAUUUAAAUCCAAACUGAAAAAGUUAUUGUUAAUAUAAAAUAAUGAAAGUGUUACUAUGACAAAUGAUUCCAAACGUAUGUAGUGGUUUCUGAAACCUGACUGUUAUCUGUAAACAUGGACUAAAAUACAGACAUAGUUCAUAAUUCUGCUACAUUAGCUAUGCUAACAUACUUCAGUCCAGUGUCAGAAACCACAUAAUCAAGUCUAUUAGAGACACUGAACACCUCCACUCAGUUUCAGGUGAGUAAGGUGAUUUAGCUGUGCAGUUAGCACCAGGCUAAUUGGUGGGUAUACGCUUCCAUUGCUUGUUAGCUACAUUAGUCUCAUAGCUCCAGUGUUAAAACUAAAGAAGCAAACCUCAGACACCGAACACGACGAAGAAUAAGAAGAAUUUCACUGAACUGUGGCUCUAAAGUCGCUGUGGUUGAGCAGGUUUGUCGGUGUGUUUUCAUUUCUGUCUCUGAGCUCUUACAGGAAUGUGCUGUAUCUCUGUGGAGGAGCUGAACUGCCGUCUGUCGGGUCUGUAAACGUGUGAUGAUGAAACAGAAUUAUGUUAUGAAUUUUAUAAAUUGUCAGUUUUAAAGAGAUUCAGGCUUUAAUGCUGUUUCUGCCGUCGGUGAUGAACCGUAUAGAAUAUUCUACAGUGUUUUUCUAACUGCCUUAUUGUUUAUUACUGAUGUAUUAGUCCUGAUAUAAAGGAAAGGGUUAAAUGAUAAGGGGACGAGGGUGGUAUUGAUUUAUUAAUGAUUGAUUGAUCACUUUUUUGUGUGAUGAGAUGCUGUAACUGAAAUGAGAAACAUUUUAAUGUUCCUGGUGGAUGAUUUUAUGCCAGGCAUGUCAAACUGGGGACCUUCCAGGCCAACAUGCUGCUGAGAUCAGCGUUUACUCUCAUCUAACACUCUGAAUUCAGUUCAUGAAGGCCUUGCUAAUUAGCUAAUUAGCUGAUGAGCUGAAUCAGGUGUGUUUAAUGAGGCAGGGAGCUGAAGUCUGCAGAGUUUUGGCCAGUGAGGAAUGGAGCCUGACACAAGUUUUAUGUUGAUGGUGCUUCACUGAGGAUUUCCAACCCAGUGCCUUUGGAGACGGAAUGCUAAUGCCCAGGUUUGCUUUCAUUAAAGGGGAACUCCACCCAUUUUUCAAAAUUUUUGCAUAAUUAACUGGUUAAGAUGUAAACAGAGAGGUUCAGAGUGGUUUGGUGUGAAACGCUCUGU